UGGAUGCGUAGUCUAGAGAAAUGUGGUCAAUUUCCCAGUCUGUGCCUCUGUGGUGUUUGUAUAAUAGGUUACACUAUAUCCGAAUAUGACAUUUGUAACUUGUAAAUAUUAUUUAUUUUAUCCAAAUAAUUUCACUUAGGUGUCUGAACUGAUUAAUAAAUAUUUCGAUUCACCGAGGAAGUGUGUGUUAUUUAUUAGUUAAUGUGAGGUUAUGAUAAGAAAAUUGACUCGCGCUACAUCCUGUGUCCAAUGUUUACUAUUAAACAAUUCUUAAAGAACUUUAAAGAAUGUGAUGGAAUAUUGUCGUACCAGAUAUGACAUUAAGUGAAUUUAACAUUGAUAAACUACAAUGAUUGGUGCACCUAGUAGUUUAGAAGAUGCGUGUCGGCAGGCUCAGGAAAUGAUAAAUCAUGCAUCAAGAUAUUGGAAAAAUGUACAGGGACAAAGUUCUUUAAAUUUAGCGACAGAUAAAUUGGUAACAUCACAGAAAAAGGAAUAUGCUCCUUCUAAGCAUAGUAUCCAAGCUAAAUUAACAAGGCUUUAUUUUGAGGAAUUAUCUAAAUUUCCUCACGCUACACCUGACUCAGUCUUGAACAAUUUAGAGAAUGAAUGUGAUCUUUUGGGACGAUUAGUGCAAAGAGAAGGCUUGCACACAUUAAUUGUUAAUCUUUAUGCUGGUAAUAAAGGAUACUCAUUAGGUGUUAGAAAUAGUUUGGACAAGGGAAAUCAGUACGAAAAAAAUUCUUUACUUUCUGAAACUCAACUGAUGGGUUAUGAACAGGGUGAACUGCUUUCAUGCAUAGACAAUGGCCAAUUGCCUGCAAUGCUAGCAGAGCAGUUAGAAACUAGCCACUCUCAUUUAUUCUAUGAUGGCUGCAUAAUAGCUGAAGUUCGAGAUUAUCGUAAAGCAUUUACUCAUAAUAAGCCUGAAGUUCAUCAUGUACUCCUUAAACCUACGACACAGAGUGUACUUUCUGAUGUAUCAACUCUAACGAGCGGUGGAGAUUGGAGUCAUGAAGAAAGAUUAAUGCUGGAAUCGCAAUUAAUCGCAGCUACUCAAGGACCUUUAUGCUUGGAUCCAAAUCCUGUUCCUAGUAUAGCUACAACGCGUCUCAGGCAGUCUAAACCCCUUCUUACAGAUCAUCAACUGAUGCGUCAAGCCAAAAAGUUUUCUCAGGUUACGGUAAACCGAAAAAGGAAAUUAGAGCAACUAGCACAACCAGAUGGCUUAACAAUACAAGAUUUAAUGCAGAAACUACGUGCUAAAAGAGGAUCAGUGACUAGUACUGCCUGUCCAACACCUUCCCUUGUAAAUCCUCCUCUUCUUGCCCCAAGUUCACCGAUUGAUGUUUUAAGAUUUGCGAAAGCGUAUGAGAGACCGCGAGAAACAAAAGACUGUCUGCCACAAGUUAUAGAAGAGUAUAUAUUAGAAACUGGCGGGAACCAAGGUGAAGUAGAUCACAUAAAGCUUUCAAUUUUGCAAAGACCUUCUAAUUCUGAGUACCUGGGAGAGCUUUAUAUGGAUAAAAAUCACCGAGAAGGAGAAAAAAAUGGAUCUGCGUGUCGGUUCACAUUAGGGACAAGAGCUUUAGCAAAUCAUUACAUCCAACAAUUUACAGAAAUAUUUACAGAAGAAGGUAGGAAAAAUGUUCGAAUAAAACAUGUAGUACCAGGGCAAACGCCUCGUGUUACAUGCACUCCUGGCAUGCAACGAGCGCAUCAACAGGCACAACAAGCAAAGGCAGCACAGUUAGUAGCCCAACAAUUGCAACAAGCACAGUCCCAACAUGUAGCUCAACAGAUUUUAUCACGAGCACAAGGACAAUUGAAUACUUUAGCUGGGCAAGUAGCAUCGAUGAAAGCCAUGACAGAAGCUACUACAUCUGUGCAAAAUAAUUUGGGAAACAUGGAUAUCACAAAUGUGCCUCAAGUUAUUUCUCAAAAUGAUACUACAACUUUGAACACUGGACAACCUUUAUCUAAUGGAGCAUGUACAGCAUCUGGUUCUGUACAAAUUGACACAUCUACGAUGUCAGUGACUGACAAUAACUCAUGCAAUGGCUCUGGAAUAUUAGUUUUUCAACAAAAAACUGCUACUGCUGUCAAUAAUACAUCAUCUGCUAAUGUCUCCGUUUUGCAAGCUCAAUUACAAGCAGGAACACAAAGUUGUAUAACUGAAACAGUUAAUCAGAAUCAGAAUGAAAUAUCUUUUAAAAAACAUACGACUAAUCCAGCUAUAAGUGCCCUCGUUACUUCUCUUAUGAACUCUGCUCAGCAAUUCCAACAACAAGCUGCAGCUAAUGCUGCAGCAGCUGCAAUGAAUAAUAAUGCACAGACUACAAAUAAAUCGAAUAAUGCAGCUAUUCUUAGUUUACUAAAUAGUAGUCCAGCAAAUAUAGGACAACAAAAAGUUCAGCCACGGAGGAUCUCUUUAAAUGCUUCCAUCCCAUCUAGGGUUAUUAGUCAUGGCAAUGUUAUAAAUGUGCCCAGUACUACGGGUCAGGUAAGAGUUAGUUUAAGUUCUGCACUAACAGGACAGCUGGCUUGUAAACAGCAGCCUGUAAAAGCAACAGCUGUGAGAUUAGCUAGGGUACAAGAUCCUACUUCAACUCUCGGCUUAUCAAUGCCAGGACUCUCAGCUUUGCUUGCUGGUACACCAUCUGCAGAUAAUCCAAUCCCUGGUUUCAAUUCUACCUCACCGUUACUUGAACGCUUAACUGCUUCUUCCAGUCAAAGUACUCAACCAGCAAGUCCAAUGACUAGUCCACCACCUGCCAAUGUAAAUUUGCAGGGUGUAAAUCUCACUAGUUUGCCUAAUUCUAUCAACGGACUUCAAAAUGUUCAGGUAUCAUUCCCUGGCUUAUCACAACCCAUCACAAUGUCAUUGAAUGUGUCAGCAACAACAGGUUCAGUUACACCUACAGGUGUCAUCGUAUCUCUACCUAUAUCAUCUGCAACUAAUACUUGCACUACAGUUUCCAGUAUGAUUGCUGCUACUGUUGUAACGACUGCCAUCGCUGGAAGUACACCAACUGUAGUAAUCGCGAAUUCUGCUAAUACUCAUUUGUCAUUACCAAUCGCCCAAAUUAUACCGUCAGGAGUAAAAGGUUUAUCUCAACAAAAUAUACGCAGCACUAAUACAGUGACUUUAUCACAGGGUGGACAAGCAAUUCAACUUAUCGGAUCUCAAAGGCCUCGACUUAAUCAUAUGGCUCGUCAAGUACAGCCAAGCCAAGUUAAAUCGACUGUUUUACCAAAUCAAUUAGUAACAGUAGCUAAAACAGUAACAGCAAGUCAGUUGAUAUUAUCUGGCAACAAGCAAGUGUUAACUCCUAUAAUGGCCACCAAACCUGUGCUUAUGGCGUCUCAAACAACGCCUUCUUCCCAAAUAGUACCUGCAAACAAACAAACUUUACUCACGAAAUCUUUGCAUGCUAGAGUUUCUACAGGACAAUGUAGUCAACAAACACAAAGUCUUGGUAUAACUACGCUAUCUCAACAGCAAUUACAGAGAACUGUGGUAAAGCCUGUACAGUUGCAACAAUUACAACAAUGUUUAGCCACUCAACAUAAAGUGGCCGUUGCAGCUGCCAGCUCGCAAAACAGAACGCAAAUUGAAAAUCAGAGGAAUUCUGCAUCAACUCCCGGAGACGAUGCUGUUUGAAAAUGUUGCAAAUAUUAACAUUUUCUCCUGUUACAUUUAAUAAUUGAAGCCCACCUUAGAAGAAACAUAAUGAGGUGGUUAUAUGUGGUUAAUACCAUUUAGUUAUAAAUAUAACUUCCACGUUACGUGUAGAAUUACAUCGAUUAAUUUCAAUUUCUGUAUUAUCAGAAUUUUAUAUGGGAAACUGUUCGUGCUUUACAAACAAGAAAUUUAUCAAUCAGGCAUCGCAUAAUAUAAUAUAUCUCGCCACAAAGAGUGCAAUAAUUUUUUUACUGCAAAUACAUUGAUUUUCUCUCAAAAUGUUGCUUUAAGGAAGGUUUCAAUUAUUGUAUAUAUAUAUAACUUAUACAUACAAUAUAUGAUUCGUUUUAUAUUAAAAGGAAAAAAAAAGAAAAGAAAAGAAAAAAAAAAAAAAAAAAAAAAGAAAAAAUGCAAUAAAUAUUUCAUUUUUAUUGAUCUUUACCCUUUUUCAUACCAUUCUGCAUUUACGAUAAAUAAUAAUUUUAACUCUAAAGUAAAAGUAACAACAGCAGUAUGGUUUUGAUUUCAAUCGUAACAUAUGUAUGCCUGAAAAAGAUAUCUAAAUGCUAUUGUUUAUUAUAGUACCAUAACAAAAUUGGUAACUGUUUGCAUAUAUGAUGUACGAAAAAUCACAUGAUAAAAAUAAGCUUGAUCUGUUGUAUACUUCGAUCUAUCAUCCCACAUGCUGUGCCUACAUGUUAUAUUUUUCACUAUAGAACUUUUACCGAUUCCUUACAAACUUGUAUAUAUAACAAACAUAAAACGUUUUAUUUAAUUAUGUGACGAUACAUAAAAUUAUAAUGUAAAUUAAAUUAUUUCUAUAUAAAUAAGAUAUACAUGGAAAUAUUUCAGUAACAACGAAGAUUCGCAAAGAUCUCUGUUAAUUCUAUAUCUAGGAGGAAGCAGUCAUAAUUUCUAUACAUUAAUAAAGUUGUAAUAUAGGAUGCACAAUAUAUGUAUAUAUAUUGUGUAAAAUUCAUUUAAGCAAUGCAAUUCUUAUUUAAUGAAUUACAUUAACAUGAAAUUUUGUAUAUUAAAUAUGCGUGCUGAAGAAUUGGCAGUAAAUCAUUUGUAAAGAAUCUAUCAUAUAUUCGAUAAAUAAUAUUAAAAUACAGAUAUAUAUAUGUAUAUAU